CAUUGUGAAACAGCACUGGCUGGAACACACGUGUGAGUUUGCAGUUCCUCUUUGCGGAGUUGAAUAGAGGCCAGGGCAGUACUGGAGCUGUAGCAGACAGAAGGGGGAGGACUGACCAGCAUGGAGCGUCAGUCACCCCAAAAGAACUGAAUAAACAGCACCGCAAAGCUCCAAUGUGACCGAGAGAACAAGGCAGACAAGAAAAGAAGGGAAGAUCCCCUCGGGAGUGUUCGUGUAUGUAUGUAAUAUGUGACAGGAUUGCAGUAAGUGAAAGUUAAGGAUGUCCAGGAGCAGCUCCACAGGGGACCUGGUGCCCAAGGACAUCACGGAGAUGCUGGCCCUUCAGAAUAAAAUAACCAAGAGCAGGAAGAAGCGUGGCUCAUCUCUGAGUCGGACAUUCAGCUGGUUUAAAGGCAGUAAACCAAAGAGGAUUGUCAGUAACGGUCAAAGUCGAUCAGGGAGGUUGGGAGGUUGGACUGGAGAGUGUAGCACCAUCAGACAGGAUGUUGACAAUUAUGAUGUUUCCAAAGCUGGACAAAAGCAAGAUGAGCAGUCGAAACUGACAGUGCAUUACACAGCCUCCCAACACUACCAGGAAAAUGUGUUCAUUGAAGGUAGCAGGCCAAAGUAUCUGGAAGAUCUGCACACUGAAGCCCAAAAAGGACUUGAGAUUCUACAACAGGAGGAGCAUAACAUUGCAAGGGACCUUGAGGAUGAUCAGCCUGUUUCCACAGAAACAGCACAAAAAGAAAAUGAUGUCAACUGUGAAGAAAGAAAUAGACAUUUGAGCUUUGACAGCACUGCUGACCACUCGUCUGUUGUAUCUGCAAUGUCAUCAAGACCUGUGCUAACACGCCAAGGUUCAACAUUUAAGCCUUUGAACACUGUGAAAAGGCUGGAUAACCCCAGAAAAAGGAGUAGAAGAACGACAAUUAUGGGUAUACCACAGCAGGUUCAAAGAGAACUAGGUAUGGGGAGGGUAGCUUUACUUCAACUCCCAACUGAUAAAGAUGAUGAUUCAUCUGGUAGAGUCAUAAUUCCAAGAAUUGAUGGAGAGAUGCCUAUAGCAAAUCAUGAAGGGGCUCGUGUACACCUACAGGAUAUUGAAUCCCUUCAAGUUUGUAGAGAUGAUCAACUUCUCAGUCAGCACAUACAUGCAGUGUAUAGAGAUGACUUCUUUCUAAACACCAAAUUUGGAACACAAAGUGCCCAGAGACCCAGGUCUCUUGCUGUUCCUGGAAUAACAACUUCUUCAGCCUUCUUGCAAGAACCACAAGGCCCUGUUAUGUCUAUCUCACCACAGGCUACCUAUUUAUCCACUAUAAUUCCUAAUGCAAUCCUACCUUCUGCGAUAGAUGUGAUAGAAAUUGAUAGAAGCUGCAACCGGAGGAGUGUACGUACAGUUAGCAAGAGCAGCUUAGCACCUGCAAGUCCAGCUUCUUCACGUUCAGGGGGAGGUACUCAUGAUGAACCAAAUUCCACUAGCUCUAAAUGGAGCCAUUCACAAUCUUCUGAGACUAUUGUCUCGCACCCCUCUACCAUCUCUUUCAAAGGAAGCAUGCCAUCUUCACAUGUAACAGACAGCAUGAAGGAAGUCCCAGAUUUAAAUGAGGAACAGAUAAGUCUGAAAAGCUCAGUCAGUUGGUCAAGUUCCACCAGUAAAGCAGGAGGUCAGAGACUGGAGCAGGUGGAAUUAAGUGAUGCUGCAGAAAAUGCCCAGAACAGUCGAUUGAGUUCUCGUAAUCUCUCAGUAAUGAAGGCUAAACUACCACCAGCACCACCAAGGAGAACAUACUCUUUACACCAUGAAAAACUUAAACAAGGGCCGAGGGAACAGGCAGGCACUAAAGAUUUGAAAUACCUAGAUUCCAAUGGCAGGCAACCAGAUGUUACUCUCAAUACAAAACAUGACACUGAAAAUUUCUCUACCCAGUCUACAGUAUCACCAUUUUAUAAUGACUCUAACUUAUCUGUGACUUCCAGUCCACACAAACCUCUUCAAGACUCUACUGAAGCUCAAUCUGAGUCAAAUAACUCAUCCCCACAGGAUAUAUUUGAAAGAACAUUAUCGCCUUCAAGUGGCUACUCAAGUCAAAGUGGAACACCCACCCAUUCUUCUAAAGAUAAUUGUCCUAGCUCUCCAGGAAAGCAGAAGUUGAAGCCUCCAAAGCCAGAGAGGACAGGGACACGGAUUUCUCCUGCAGUCUCAGUUUCAUCAUCCCUGGUUUCCCUGUCAUCAAAUAUAUCAGAUACCCACAUCACUCAAUCACAGCCACCAAAGAUCUCCCCUGCUGUAACAACAAUAAAAAACAAAGCAACUCCACCAACGACGGGAACCUUCAGGGAUUUGUUUAACAUUCCUCCUCCACCAAAGGUAAAAGCACCUUGUCCCCCACCCCCUGAAACCUGGGUUCACAAUGAACGCACCACUGAACUUUUAUGUGGUCCGAGUCCAAGUGCCCACAGGAUAUAUGAGCUUCAAAAACAUUAUCAAACAGACAUUUUAGUGAAAAAAAAUCAGGUCCCAGUAGAUACCACUAACCUAAAGUCUGGGCAAAUAUCAGUAGAAACUGAAACAAAUGAAACUCAUCCAGAGAAUAAAUCGGCCAUGUCUGAAGGAAAGGAUGAGCACAUGCCAGUACAAGAACAGGUUCUUCUGGAUAAAAAGGAAAAAGAAAGUGAUAAUAUACACAAAAGAAUGCAUAAAUAUUCAGAAGAACUAAAAUGUGAGCAAGAAAAUCCAGUAAAUUCCAAGAAAAUGCAAUCAGCGGACAAGAUUAAUGAAAUAUUGCUGUUAAAAGAACAAUUUGUCAGUGAGUCAUGUCAUGUUAAUACUGCUGGUUUGCCAGAGAAUGACUUUUCAUCCGCAGAAACAGAGAGAACUGACACAGAAGACCAAUGUUUUGUCAAACAUUCUACUGAUAAAGAGAUCCUUAAACAUAAAACCCCAAAAAGUCUAAGCGUAGAAGCUCUUAGAGACAUUGGUCUCACUCCAUCUCCCUCUCCACCUCCUGAACAUUCUCCUGCUCCACCACCAUCUGGGAUUAAAAUGUCUUCAGUAUGCUCAGUGUCUGUACUAUUACAAGAGGAAGAAGUACAGCCUGAAAUGGAAAAAGAACUCCUCACUUUAGAUCCUUCCUGGCCUCCACCACCACCACCUAUGUAUGAGUCAUCUGACUUGGUAUUUGAAGGACAGGAUGAGAUAGAUUUCCCUCCACCUCCACCACCAGACAUGCAAGAAUCAUUUAUAGUCAUUCCUGAGAAAUACAAGGUAGAAUCAUCAGGACAGGGAGACAGUGUAGCUCCAGAGGAGUCAGCUGAUUUGUCAGAUAUAGCCAAUCACACUGAGCAAAAUCCGGAGCCACAAAUUAUUCAGAGCACAACAUUAGUGGAGAACAUAUUGCAAGAACCUCUACCAGUUGAGAGCGUUCCAGAUGUUUCAGAGGACAAACUGUUUGAUCAAACACAUGCCAAAACACAAUCUUUCGAGAAUGUUUCACAAAUUUGCAUUGAUCUAGUUGGUGCAGAAAUUCCUGUACCUUCCGAAAUUUCUUCUUUAAAAUCUUCCAAAUCACAAGAUAUACCUUUACAAACACUGCCCCAAGAAACCCCCCUUCCACCUCAACAUGAUCCUCCAAACUCCCCAGCCAUGUUACCUACAGAUUUAUCACAGGAAACAUCUCAUGCUCCUGCACUCACUACUGAUUUAAAAACGACCCCUUCCCUUCCAAUGGAAGAUCAGUCCACAGUUAAUUUCAAAAGACAACCGAGUUUAAUAAGUAAGGACAGCAGAUGCAAAGGACUUUCAUCCACACAGAAAUGUGCACCUAUUCCAAAAGAGGAUGCAAACAUUCCCCUUGUCACACCUUCUCUCCUUCAGAUGGUACGUCUACGGACUGUAAAUGUUGAAGACCAAGUUGACCUUCUAUCACAAGAAGGUACAGAGACCACUCCAGACCAAGAUCCGUCUGUGUCUAUUCAACUAACUCCACAAAAACCUAUUCGCAAAUCCUGCAUAAAAUCCAUGCAGUCUCCUGUGAAGGCAUCUCCGGGUCCUUCCAUGCGCCUUCAGGAGGCUAUACGUAUGAAGACAGCUGCAAUGUCUUCCAGUGGCUUCGCAGCAAGGCCCAGUCUACGUUUGCCAACUCCCACUGCAAACAGUAAUGACGUGCCUGUACCAUCCCCUAAGACACCUGAUGAGUGUAAAUCCCCUGCUUCAACAGCCAGCUUCAUUUUCUCCAAAAGCACAAAGAAAGUUGUUAUUGAAACAGCCACAUCUCCAGAGGCCCAGGCCAGCCUGAAGCAGAGCCUUGCAGCAGAGCUCAUGCAAAUUUCCGAUCAGCAGAAAUCGAUGGUUACAAAUGGCACAAAGAAGCAUCACAAGGUGCCACCACCUGUUGCAAAGAAACCAGUAUAUGCAACAAAUCCAUCAGAAAAAGUCACAAAGCUUACAACAGUCGGGCCUUCAAGUAAGCAAAAAAAUGGAGUAGCAAAUAAUCAACCUGCUGGUCAGCAAGUGCCCUCCACCACAGGCAAAGAAUAAACUACAAAGUUCCUUGAGCAAUGCUUUGGGAGAAAUGUUCAACACAAGGAAAAGAAAGUUAGCAAAGACAAUGUGUAGCAAUUGUGGACAAUGUCACUAUUCUAUUGUAAAAGCCUUAGCCUGAACAUGGCCUUCAUAUUUAUGCAAAAAAAAAAAAAAAAUUUGGAUUUGGUUCCAAUUCUUUUGAUAUAAUAGCUUUACUGUAGCUUUGGCAUAUUUUUCUACACAAUACAAAUGUUGUCUCUUUUGGCAAAUUAUAAAUCACCUUAUAUUAUUAAGAGUGGUUGCUGCAGUUAGAUCUUGUGAAAUUUUUAAGUUUAUUCUUUGACAGCAAUGUUAAUCUAUCAUGUAAGGGUUACAAUGGGUAGUAGGCACUGCUGAUCAAAGACCUCUUUCCCAACACAAAUAUGCAUUUUUAUGCUCACAAGUACAUCGUAUAUCCUCCAUUCACGCUACUUAGCGAAAGGUUUGCUGACACUUGAUCAUCACACCAAUUGUAUUCCUUUGCUCAUUUGGGAAGGUUUUCUACUAGAAUUUGGGACAUUUAACGAUUCAACCACAAGAGCAUUAGCAUCAGGAGGCCUGUGGUUCAGUCUGCAUUCUAUUUCAUCGCAAAGGUGUUCGUUGAGGUUGAGGUCAGGGCUCUGUGCAGGACACUUGAGCCUUCUACUCCAAAUUUCACUCCAGAAAAAACAUUUCUUUGUGGCCCUUACUUUGCACACAGGGGCAUUGUCAUGCUGGAACAGGUUCGGGCCUCCUUGUUCCAGCGAAGGAAAAUGUAAUGCUACAGCAUAUUAAGACAUUUGUUUGCUUCCAGAUUUGUGGCAACAUUUUGGGGAAGAACCACAUGUGGGUGUGAUGGUCGAUUGUGAACAAUCUUUUGGCCAUAUAGUGUAUACGCGGAGUGGCUAAAGCUAUGCUAAUACACGUUGAGUAUGUAUAUAUUCACACAUUAAUCAAUUUUAUUUGAAUCUUUUAGAAUUGGCCAUCUGCAUCUGUAUAAGUGUGUAGAAUAUGUUACACAUGCUUAUAAAAAUCACAGUAUACACUGAAUGUGCUUGAAAGGUGGGUUUACUGUUUAUUAUGUUAGAAAUGACCUUUUAUUAUUGUUUCUAGAAAAAAAAGCACUUUGCAAAGCUACACAUGCUGAACUAUUUCUAAUGAAAUGACCAAGCCAGUAAAAUUUCUGUAUGUUCCCUGUAAAAUUGAUAAAGAGCUGUCAAUCACAAAUAGUAUUGAUAUUUUGAGAACAAAGGUGCAUUCAAAUGUUUGGCUGUUUUGAGUUUACAAGAUAAAUCAUGAAUUUUGAGUCUGGUAGUCAUGAGUUCUGGCAAGUGGAACCUUUUUUUCAAGGUUCCUUUUAAAACUAGUGAAUUAGUGAAUUAUACCACUGAGUAUUUUCCAGUAUUCGCAAUUAUAUGCAAUGUAUUUUCUCUACACAAGUAAAAAAAUAUCAUUUCAUAUUCUCUAAAACUGGUCUGAAUCUAUCUAUUGAUUUUUUUAUUUUUUUUAUUUUUUUUUGCUCUACUGAUCUUUUGCUCUGUGUGAAUAAGUAACAAACAUUCUCGAAAUUGGCAAGUGAACAAGAAAUAAGAAAUAAGAAGGAAACAGCGAAACAGGGGGGAAUCAAAAUGCAAAAAAUGGUUAUAUUUUUACAUUUAUUAUUUUAUUUUUGUGUUUAUAUCAUACUCUUUAAAUAAAAGGAGGUCAAUGUUGCCAUUAUUAAGUUUUUAAUAGUGACAAAAUCACAGGGCAUAAAUGGCAAGAGCUCCAGAAUAAAGUAUGGUAUGUUACUUUUUCAAUUUUUAAAUCUAAACAUAAAUCAUUAUACACCGACCAGGCAUAACAUUAUGACCACCAUCCUAAUAUUGUGUUGGUCUCCUUUUGCUGCCAAAGCAGCCCUGACCCGUCAUGCACUGUGUAUUCUGACACCUUUCUAUCAGAACCAGCUUUAACUUAUUCAGCAAUUUCAGCAACAGUAGCUCGUCUGUUGGAUCGGAUCACACGGGCCAGCCUUCGCUCCCCACGUGCAUCAGUGAGUCUUGGCUGCCAAUGACCCUGUCGCCAGUUCACCACUGUUCCUUCCUUGUACCACUUUUGAUAGAUACUGACCACUGCAGACCGGGAACACCCCACAAGAGCUGCAGUUUUGGAGAUGCUCUGAUCCAGUCGUCAAGCCAUCACAAUUUGGCUCCUGUCAAACUCCAUUUUUCCUGCUUCUAACACAUCAACUUUGAGGACAAAAUGUUCACUUGCUGUCUAAUAUAUCCCACCCACUAACAGGUGCCAUGAUGAGGAGAUAAUCAGUGUUACUCACUUCACCAGUCAGUGCUCAUAAUGUUAUGCCUGAUCGGUGUACAAUUACAUUACACAUAUACAUUAUAUAUGGUCAAUAAUAUUGUUUGUGCUUCCUUUGGCUGUCAGAGCUGCAUCAGAUAAUCUGUGCAAAAUGAGUUCUACAAAUGCUGGCUGCAUUGUGCAGGAAUAUUGCACUGUAUAGAAAUAACUGAAGUUAUGAAAAAUUAUGCAGUUGCUGCAUGUUGUUUUGAGGUGACCAGCAUUUUCAGUCUCACUGCAGGAUUGAAUUCUGGCCACUAAAGCACUGAACACACAAUGUCAUAUUCCUAAAGCCAUUCACUGGUACCAUUCAAGGUACUAUGCAUAUUAUGCAUGAAGUGAGCAUUCAAGUGUAAAUAAACUGUCAGAACAUUGGUAAAAUGCAUCAUCUUCAGUGGAUAUGAGGCUCACAACAAAUACAAAGAAAUCAUUUACCAUAGCAUCACAAAAAACACCACUGGUCUUUAUUUUAUCUUUGUCUUUUUACACCAAACCAGGUUACUCCUGGUUUGAAACCUGGAUUCACCUCAAUAGGCUGCUUUGUUUUGUUAAACUGUUGAUGCUCUUGUACUUGUAACACUAACAACGAGCAAGGUCUUUGGCUGUUAUAACCCAUUCAAGGCAAAGUGAGAUGACAUGCUAUAUACCCAGCCUUCAAUUUUAUUGUCAUUUGUAUUUCUCUGGCCAUUUGUUUGCUUGUAUCAUUUUCCUUAGAUUCUGUCUACAGUAUCAGCAUGCAGUGGUGUUUUUAAUCUACCCACCAGUCUCUGUAAACCCUCACUGAGAUGCUAGUCAGUCCGCCUAGAACCGACAAUUGUGAUUGUAUACCGAGACAGAAGGGUCAUUUGGUAAACAUUUCCAAAUAAGUCUAAAUUAACAUUUU